AUGUCACAGUGGGUAGUAGCAGCCAUGUCACAAGGUGGGGAGCACCGGGAGAACCUGGGUGCUGCUGAGCAGGAGUGGGAGAGAGACAACAACGACCUGUGGUGUGUCGCUGCGCUGGGGAAGGGCUUUAACGAAGGCGAGAGAGGAGCGUCUGUGCUGCCAGCGCCCGUGUCAGUGCCCCUCACAGCCAGCACUACCAUGGAGGCGGCAGAGGUGAAGAAGUCGCUCGGUGUGCUCGUGGAGCAGCUGGAGCAGAGUUGUGCAGAGUCCAGGAGGUGGAAGGAGCGGCUGCAGUGCUGGGCAGCAGAGGCCGACGGAGCAGCCUUCAGACUGGCCAUGCAGAGAUACUCAGAGCAGGCCGGCAGCAAGGAGCUGCUGCAGGACAUGGACGGGACUCAUGAGGAUCUCUCUGAUGCUGUGCAGGAGGUCCGCAGCCAGGAGGAAAAACACCUUGCCUGCAUGGGGGCCUGGCUGCGGGAGGAGCAGCAGAAGGACAAGAUUCUGGAUCAGCAAAUUGAGAAGCUGGAAGAGGCCGUGGCGCAGAAAGAGGAGAGGGACUUGCUGGCCAGGAGACGUGGUUUCUGCUACUGGCUGCAGAUGCUCUCCCUGCUCUUGGUCAGCCUGGAGCUGGCCGUUGGCAUCUGUGUGGCUGCUGCACUUGUCUGCACCUUGCGCCUUGACCUUGAGUUCUUCUGCUGCGUGCUCUCGUGUGGACUUCCUGAGCAGAUCUACAGCAACCUCGUGUAUGCACUGGGAUGGAUUUUCCCUGCGGUCACUGAGGGGCUGCUGCCCUGUUGA